GUUCCGGUUUUGAUUACCGGGCCUUGAUGAUAGGUAGACCAGCGCGGUGCUGCUGUCGGAGACCAAUAGGGCAGUAGUUACGGCGAUCUCGGCGCAGUGGUUGUGGGGGUGCGGGGUAUAAUCGCGAGAGACAUGAGGGAGGUUUCAGGAGACGCAAGAAGACGCAACAAGUCAGAAUGCAGGAGGUUGUCCAUUGCUCCACCAGGCCUGAAGACAACAACGCGGGAGUCGUUACAAAUACAAAAUUCGCGGCAUGGGAGCUGAGGCAUGCAUGAGAAAGCUGUGAGCGGUAUGAUGCGGGUUGCGACGGUGGUGAGUCUACGGUGAGUAUUUCAGAGUGAGUACGACUCGCACAAUGCUACAGUCAAAAUGGGAUAAGGGUCAAUUGCAAUUUUUUACAGUUCGGGUUCCACAUCCAGGCACCGUGCCGGUUAUACACCGCAGCAUCUGGCUCUGGCGCCACUCCGAACACACAGCGCUGGCCCAGAUCUUGCUGCAGUCAUCCAGUCCGGGGAUAGGCCUCCGUCAUCCGUCAGGCUCUUCCCCGGUACGACAACGUCUUGGCGCCAUCACAUGGUGCAAGGGUCGACGAGCAUGCCGUGUGGGGCAUAAGGGGGGGCAGAGAAAUGCCUGCAGGAGCGCGUGUGGGGGCGGGGAACAACAAGGAACGAGUGGCUUUGCAAGCCGUUUUGCCAGUUGCUGGUUGGGUCGUUCUUUGUCCCACAUCUCACUCGCCGCCACCCGGCCAUCCGGGCCACUCUUCGUCCUCCAGCCGCGCUUUGUCAAAUUAGCGAGGCACAUCGUUGCGAUGCGCGGCACAGCGGGGCACAGCGGCAGAGCGCCCAGACAGCAGCGGAGCGCCCCCGCAUUGGCCCCGCUGGUCCCCCCCGGGGUUGUUGAAUGAGAACCAUGGGGCAAGAUUGUCUUGCACGCACAAGGCCUCGAGGCGCGAGGCGUGAGGAUGGCCGCCGCGCCGCCGGUUGGACGAUGAGGUUUGCAGGUCGAUCUGGGCGCAGAUACCGCGCAUGAGACACAAUCAGAUCGAUCAUGGAUCAUGGAUUGGUCUGCCUUGUGAAUGGAAUAAAUAGCUAGCCUC